AUGGAAACAGACGACCAAAUCGCCUCGCCAAACAGAGCAGCCAUCGAGGCGGCCCGAAAUGUCUAUCACACUGUUCAGAGGACAUUCCCCGAGGCUGUGGCAGAUUUUGAGUCAAAGUGGGCAGCAUUUCAAGUUGUUUGCCGUUCGCUGCCAACAUCGGCGAGCCCUGGUGACUCUAUGCGAACGGACGAGUUCGAGACUCUCAAAAAGCAGGGUCCAAAAAUACUUGCCUUCUUAGUUUUCAAGCUCACUACAGACAUUGAGCUAAACUCAUACGGAGUAUUUCUAUGCAAGUCUCCUACUCUUAUUCUCGUAAACGACCCCGAGUACUGCGGGAUCCCAGAUAAUGACCUCAUUUCAAAAGAGGUCCUCCAGCGAUAUGCGAAUCAGAUUGUUGAGCUCAGCUUCCAACGUAACAAGGUCUAUCAGGAGCUUGUUAAGGCAUGGAAAGAGCAUUGUGCAGAGUUCAAAUUUCUCCUCAGCAGGGGCGUGUGUUGCGCUGGCGACGAAUAUUGGGACCUACUUGAAGUUGGACCAGCCUUCAUCCCUCAUUUAAUGGUGGAAUACUCUCAUGAUCGAGGCGGAUACUGGUACGAGCUUAUCCACGAAAUUAUUCAUGGCCGCACAACGGAGGCGUACGCAAUUUUUAUGAGAGAUAAAUGGUUUGAUGUUUGGCGCGAGUUCUUGAACGGGAGCGAAUAUGAGCAGGCACCAAAGUAUAUUCCUAAUGAAUGGGAUCUUUACUUUACCGGUGCUGGUAAGAAGCCGGGUCCUCAGUCAUCAGGGUCAGGGCUGGUGGAAAUGAUUGGUUUGGAAGCUGUCGUGCCGAAGCGCCGAGACGACCUGCUCGGGAGGCCGUAUCCGUUACUCGACAGAGCUGCCAAGCUAGCGGACUUCUGGUCGCUGAGAACCACUCGCCUGCAGCCUCUUGGGGCUGGCAGCGUUACGCCACUCAUAGGUAUCGGCACACCAAUCAGUAUCAACACAAUCGUUACGCCACUCAUAGGUAUCGGCACACCAAUCAGUAUACGCACCAUUAAGAUUCAAGGUGUUCGAACUUUUCCCAAGUCAGCGGCCGAGGGAGGCCUUGGCCAGGAGAUGCUUCAGCUUCGCGGCCGUUGCCAGCGCUAA